UUGCGCUGUCCCGCAGCUCGGCUGGAAACAUUGACCAUGCUGUAAAAUUUAGUAGACAAUACCUAAUUCUCUAAGCGCUGGAUUUACUGUUUUAGCAUGCAUGUGUCGCUCAGGUUUAUAGACUGCCUCGUAAUUUAGCGAUGUACCGUCUUUAAACAGGAAUAUUUGGCAACAGUAAGCUUGGAUGUUUAACUAGCUUGCCGGCUAAAUUAGCUAGUUAGCGUUAAAGCUGUCAUUCAUUGUUGUGCAGUUAGGUUAUAACUUGGACAGAAAAGAAAAAAAACAUGACAGAAGUGUCGUGGAAUCAAACAAAAACCGUUUUAUCUAACCUUAUGCUUCUUUGUUAACAUGCCAGCUAAGAUGUCUUCAGAAUUAACUGCUUUACUUUCUUAUUUUGCUAGCAUAACUAAACUUGCUAAAUCAAUAGACUGAUUAAUUUUGACAGACAGGGGAGUGAGGAGGCUUUCUAUGCCCCGCAGCACGAAUAGCGUCAGGUUGACUCGGCAGAGCGAGAGAUAAGCGACUAGAACCACAAGCAGUCUGGAAACGGACAAAGUUUUCAGUUGGCUAGCUAAGGAACAACUGUUCCUGUUCAUAUGUUAUCUAGGAACCUUUGAGGCUAUUAGUUGACUUCCUACAAGAUUGGAGUGAGCGAGCGAGCUCAAACGGGCCAGGUCGUGCAGCUGUAUUACAUUAAAUAGUAGAUACAUUGUAGUUAAAUUAGGAAAAUAAAUAAAGAAUUAAAUCAUGUCUCCUAUACCUACUCUGCCGAUCAUCAUCAACUGUUGCAUGUCUGCUCUUGGGUGUAUUGCAACGGCCAAACUCAUUCCAGCCUUCAAACAACAUUUCAUAUCUGCCAGAUUAUAUGGCCUGGACAUGAACAAAACCACAAAAAAGGAAGUGCCCGAAUCGCAAGGUGUGAUCAGUGGCACGGUCUUCCUCAUCAUCCUCUUCCUCUUCAUCCCCGUGCCUUUCCUCAGCUGCUUUGUUGGAGAGCAAUGUCAGCGCUUCCCUCACAAUGAGUUCGUGCAGCUGAUAGGUGCGCUGCUGGCCAUCUGCUGCAUGAUCUUCCUGGGCUUCGCCGAUGACGUGCUCAACCUGCGCUGGAGACACAAGCUGUUGCUGCCUACCAUGGCCUCACUGCCCCUCCUCAUGGUGUACUUCACCAACUUCGGCAACACCGUCAUAGUGGUGCCCAAGCCCUUCCGGGCCCUGCUCGGGAUGCAUCUGGACCUGGGUAUUCUUUAUUAUGUAUACAUGGGAAUGCUGGCUGUGUUCUGCACGAAUGCCAUCAACAUCCUAGCUGGCAUCAAUGGCAUCGAGUCUGGGCAGGCCCUCUUCAUCUCUGCCUCCAUCAUCAUCUUCAACAUACUGGAGCUCAAUGGAGACUAUGGGGAUGACCACGUUUUCUCUUUGUACUUCAUGAUCCCAUUCUUUUUCACAACCUUGGCCCUCUUCUACCACAACUGGUACCCGUCCUCUGUGUUUGUGGGGGACACAUUCUGUUACUUUGCUGGGAUGACGUUUGCCGUGGUCGGCAUCCUUGGCCACUUCAGCAAGACCAUGCUGCUCUUCUUCAUCCCCCAGGUGGUGAACUUCAUCUACUCCCUCCCCCAGCUCUUCCAUGUGGUCCCUUGCCCCAGGCACCGCCUGCCCAGAUUGCAGCCAGACACUGGAAAGCUUGGGAUGAGCUAUUCCAAGUUUAAACAGAAAGACCUUGGCAAGUUAGGACAGCUCGUGCUGAAGGUGGCGGAAACUUUAUGGCUGCUGGAUGUGCGCAGGGGCCAGGAGGGAGAUGAUGAGUUUAUUGAGUGCAGCAACAUGACCCUAAUUAACCUAGUGCUAAAGAUACUGGGGCCCACACACGAGAGAAACCUCACAGCCGUUAUGCUAUUAAUACAGGUGUUGGGCAGCGUGAUCGCCUUUGGAAUCCGGUACCAUUUGGUUCGACUGUUCUAUGAUGUGUAGUCCCUCUGUAAAAUGGAUAUGUAUGAGCAACAGAUUCCCUCAGAAAUUUCCCAUCCUGAAACAAUGUUAAUCUAGUUCUAACAGUUGGGAUGGUUGCAAAUCUGCCUCUUCUUUACCAUUUGCAUAGGGAUCUGUUUCCAAAAGUGUACAAUUCAACUACUGUGUUUACGCUUGGAUGAUGUGAAGGUGCACGUUAAAAACCUUUUGGCAUCACGGUGUCAUUAGAGAUUCACCGUUUUCUUGGACAUAAUAGGCACCAUGCAAAUUAAAACUGAUUGUAAUUGUGAUACAAUAGAAUAAUGGCUACCAAAGCUGCUUAGUUUAAAGAUUACUAGCUGUGGUAGAAAGAAUAUUGAAAGAAUACAUUCAAUUGAAACCACUGCUGUUUCAGAGAGAAAACGCCUGCUAAGAGUAAGAGUAUUUGAAUGAAAGAGGAAAAACAUAGGAAAAUUAAAUAGUAACAACAUAGUAAAGACACUGAAGUAAAAUUACAUUGGCUUUACUGUCUUACUGAAGUAAUUUCUUUUACAUCCUUAUUCCCCUUCAUUAUGUUACAGAAUAUCUAAAGUAUAACAGGCAUUACAAGUUGGAUAUUUCAUUCAUAUUGUACCUAAAUAAAAGUACAAGAUCUAAUUUUUAAAAACUACUGUUACUUCCCAUUGCUAAAUUCAGGUAUGACAAAGUCAUAUAUAAAAUUAGAUUUCUUUAUUCAAUGUAACACUGAAUCUGUCUUUCAUGGACAUGCAUCAGUUUGACACUGCACAAAAUAUGUGUCAAAUUAUUGUUUAUAUAUGCUCUCCUAACAGAGAGCUAAGUUAGAAAUAAAAUGUUUUUAAAAUAAA